UCUUUGGCUUUGCUUCCCAGCUUGCAGAGCGCAGAGUCCAGGAAUGGCCGUGUUUAAGCAGCAGAAGGUCGAGGACCUGUACGAAAUCGGGGAGGAGCUCGGCAGUGGGCAAUUUGCCAUCGUGAAGCGGUGCCGGGACAAGGCUACGGGGCUGGACUACGCGGCCAAGUUCAUCAAGAAACGGCAGAGCCGGGCCAGUCGCCGUGGGGUCCGGCGGGAGGAGAUUGAGCGGGAGGUGAACAUCCUGCAACAGAUUCUGCACAGCAACAUCAUCCAGCUGUAUGAGGUUUACGAGAACAAAACCGACGUCGUCCUUAUCCUCGAGCUAGUCUCCGGAGGGGAACUUUUUGAUUUCCUGGCCCAGAAGGAGUCACUGAGUGAGGAGGAAGCCACACAGUUCAUUAAGCAGAUCCUGGAUGGGGUCAGCUACCUGCACACCAAGAAGAUCGCCCACUUUGAUUUAAAGCCUGAGAAUAUUAUGCUGCUGGACAAGAACCUUCCCAUUCCUUACAUAAAACUGAUCGAUUUUGGUCUGGCCCAUGAAAUAGAAGAUGGAGUGGAGUUUAAAAAUAUUUUUGGGACACCAGAAUUCGUAGCUCCAGAAAUCGUAAAUUAUGAGCCGCUGGGACUGGCAGCUGAUCUUUGGAGCAUUGGAGUCAUCACUUACAUAUUGCUCAGUGGUGCUUCUCCAUUCCUUGGGGAGACGAAGCAGGAGACGCUGGCUAACAUUACUGCCGUCAAUUAUGAAUUUGAUGAAGAAUUCUUCAGCCAUACCAGUGACCUGGCAAAAGAUUUUAUCCGGAAACUUUUGGUGAAAGAUACACGGAAACGACUCACAAUCCAGGAAGCUCUCGGGCACCCCUGGAUCCAGUCCAAAGAAGGCUCCAGAGCCCAAGGCCACAGGAGGAGUGAGCCCCGGCCGCUGGAGACCAAGUGGCUGAGAGAUUACACCAUCAAGAGCCACUCCAGCAUUCCUCCAAACAACACCUACGCCACCUUUGAACACUUUACCCGCGUGGUGGAGGUGAUCUCUGGCAUGGAGAGGAGCUUUGGCGCCCUGGCAGCCUCCCACGACACCUUGCAGGGGGACAUAGACGCCCUGGUCUCCAUCUACGAUGAGAAGGAAGCUUGGUACAAGGAGGAGCAUGAAAGCGUGAAGUAUGAGCUUUCCCAGCUGAAGUAUGAGCAUCGCAAGAUCGGAUCCUUGAAGAAGCACCUGAAGGAGGACAUCCAGGCCGUGGGCGCCAACCUUGCUGGGGUCGCAGGGAGGUACCUCGGCCUGCAGUCGCACUACGAACGGCUGAGCAAGGAGCUGUCGGAGGAACUCAAGUGGGUCCAAGACUUAACGGGCAGCUUCUGGCCUGAGGGCAGCCCCCAGGGCCACGCGCCAGCCAGCUUCGGCUGCGUCUUCCAGAAGGACCUCAACGACUCGCUGAUGGAGCUGCUGAACAGGUCCUGCUGUGAAGAAUUCCUGGCGGCCUUAAACCUGGGCAUGACAAAAUCCAGUCAGUGAUGCUGCUGAAAAGAGAAAUAU